GACAACACACACACACACACACGCACACACACACACACUUUGCAAAGUCUCCACAGGAAACCGUGAGCCAUAAUGCGAAGGCACCUCGGAGCAGACUGCCGCCUUCGCCUCAAACCAAGUGGGAUACGGUCGCGGGGCUUUGAUAGCGCGUUAAUUACUCAUGUGAUGUGAUACAGAUGUCUGGGGGCUUCAGCCGAAAGUUUGCCUGACGCUUUCCGAGGGGGCCAGGCAGACAUUUUCUAGAGAAGCGUGAGAAGUUGGGAGUGGCAUCAAAGCCCGGACUGCGUUCCGACAUGGGCACGGCGGUGGCACAUAUGUUGGUGCUAACAUGCUGUGUGGCAGCCAGAGGAAUGUGCCAAGCGAACAAGGCGGCGGUGGCGGCGGCGGCGGCGGAGGACGACGGCCAACACGGCGGAUUGCUCUUCCACUCCACCCCGCGGCCUCCCGGCCUGCGCAGAGCCUUCGUGGCCAGCACGGACGCCUGGGGGCCGGCCGCACACAACCAGGGACCCGGCUGGGCGAACACCACGGUCAAAAGGAAGCCGCUUCCGCCGCCGCCGCCCAUGUGCCGCGGGAGCACUUCCAUUAAGGACUACUUCAAGUACAUCAACACGGCCAUCUCCAUUGUGGUGUUUGUGGUGGGCCUGGUGGGCAACGCCACCCUGCUCAGGAUCAUAUACCAGCAGAAGUGCAUGAGGAACGGGCCCAACGCCCUCAUCGCCAGCCUGGCCCUGGGGGACCUCAUGUACAUCAUCAUCGACAUUCCCAUCAACGUCUACAAGCUUCUGGCGUCACGCUGGCCGUUUGACGACAGCACGGUGGGCUUGUGUCUCUGCAAGCUCUUUCCCUUCCUGCAGAAAGCCUCAGUGGGCAUCACCGUCCUCAACCUGUGUGCCCUCAGCGUGGACAGGUAUCGAGCGGUCGCAUCUUGGAGCCGAGUGCAGGGCGUCGGCAUUCCGCUCCUCACCGUCCUGGAAAUCGUCUCCGUCUGGCUUUUGUCGCUCAUCCUGGCCAUCCCGGAGGCCAUCGGCUUCGACAUGGUCAGCUUCAACUACAGGAACGAGAGCAUCCGCACCUGCAUGCUGUACCCUAAGUCCGACUUCAUGAUGUUCUACAAGGAAGCAAAGGACUGGUGGCUGUUUGGCUUCUACUUCUGCAUGCCGCUGAUCUGCACCGCCGUCUUCUACACCUUGAUGACCUAUGAAAUGCUCAACCACAGGAACGGCAGCCUCCGCAUCGCCCUGACCGAGCACCUCAAACAGAGAAGGGAAGUGGCCAAGGCCGUCUUCUGCCUGGUCCUCAUAUUCGCCCUCUGCUGGUUCCCACUUCACCUCAGCAGGAUCCUGAAGAAGACGGUCUACGCCCAGAACGACGUGACGCGCUGCGAUCUGCUCAACUUCCUGUUGGUGCUGGAUUACUUCAGCAUCAACCUGGCCACCGUCAACUCCUGCAUCAAUCCCAUCAUCCUCUACUUUGUCAGCAAAAAGUUCAAAAACUGCUUCAAGUCGUGCUUGUGUUGCUGGUGCUACUCCGACAGCCAGCUGAGCAGCAUCGGGCCCCUGAACGGCACCAGCAUCCAGUGCAAGAGCCCCGACCCCAACAACGUGGCCACCGACCGCAUCCUCAGGAAGGACAGCGACUGAGCGCGCACCAGAGGACUUUUUGCAACCGCUAUAACCGCCUUAGCUCGCCUUGAUUAUACGCAUUAAUAACAGGAACAAGACCCAAGUGUUGGAAAGGAAGUGGACAAAAGGACAGCAAGACGAGGAAGAAUCUCGAUAAAAAAAACUGAAUUCUCGCCAUGAUUCCAGUAAACGGACUGUGGGAGAAAAAGCAAAACAAGCGGCAGUCAAAGGGAAUGAUGGGAAACAGGAAACUAUAAAAUAGAUGCACUCAUUUAUUUGCGUUCUUUGUGCAGGAUCAUUUUUUCCCCUGAAUGUUCCAAUGCUGUAAAUCCAUUUUCUACCGCUUGUCCCUGUCGGGUUCACAGGAGGAGCCUGUCCCAGUCGGUGCGAAUCAGACUUUUCACAAACCCGGAGGGUCAAGUCCCAAAAUGUUGAUUUAAUACAGGGGUGUCCAAAAGUGCGGCCCGUGGGCCAUUUUUUUAACAGCCCCACGGCAAAUUUUCAAAAUACGAUUGAAAAAUGUUUCAAACGUAAAAAGUGAUAUAAAAGAGCAAACGGGUGAAAUGUAACAAGAAAAUGUUGCAAUGUUUACUCUAAUAACACAAAGCUGCCAUGCAGGCUGUUUCUUUCUUUAAAAAAUAAUAAUGAAUCAAAAUCAAUGUCAUUAUGAAUUAUUGACCUAUUCAAGGCUCCAAUUAGGUCACGUUAAAUAUUCCACUUUGAGAUAUUUUUGGGGGAAAUGUUGCAUAUUUUGUGUUUGCCAUAUAAAAAACUGUGCUGUUUUUUUUUUUUUUUAAGAAGGGCCUAAAACAAACAAAAAACAAACAAUAAAUAAAACUGAUGAAUCUGAAGUUGAUUUCAAGAUUAUUGUGUUAAAAAUAGACAGUAAAAAAAAUGUAUAUUUUCUAAAACUUUAAUGAACACUUUUGGAAUCCCCAAUAAUUUUAGUGUGAUUUGUUUUGAAGUGUCAUUGCUGAAAAAAUAAUAAUUGAUUAAAAUCAAUGGUGUCAUGAGUUAUUGACCUUAUCAAUGCUCCAAUUAUUAUAUAAUAUAUUCGACUUAAAAAUUAUUGGAUGAAAAUAUUGCAUAUUUUGUGAUUUUUCCAUAAAAAAAAGUUUUUUGGUGACAAAAAGAGCAUACGACUUACAUCUUUAAAGUCAUUAUAUUGACAGAUAGACCUGAUGUUGAUCUAGAGAUUUAAAACGUGAAUAAUAAUAAAAAUAAUGAUACUGAAUAAUGACAUAUUUUUAAUAUUUUUUGGACCAAAACCCUUUGGGAUCCCCAGGUUCAAGCCUGAGUGGAGGCCCAAAUGUAUAUUUUUUAUACGUAUAUUGUAUUGUUUUUUAUAAGUAAAUGGCCCUUGCUUGCUUUGAUUUUUCAGUGUGCGGCCCUCGGUGGAAAAAGUUUGGACACCCCUGAUUUAAUAGAAUAGAAUAGAAUGCCUUCUAUGGCCACUAUGCACAUGUGCACUGAGAUUAAAAGCCACUCCAGUAUCGACGAGUCAACGAAACGUUCAGCGUUACGUCGAUUAGCAGGUUUGAACUUUUUUCGCCGAAACUAUGUGAAUUUUGCCAUAUUUCGGAAUCUUUUCACCGCAGAAAUUGUACAAACCCCGUUUCCAUUUGAGAUGGGAAAUAGUGUUCGAUGUAAAUAUAAACAGAAUACAAUGAUCAUUUUCAAGCCAUAUUCAGUUGAAUAUGCUACAAAGACAACAUAUUUGAUGUUCAAACUCAAACUUUUUUUUUUUGUUGGAAAUAAUCAUUAACUUUAGAAUUUGAUGCCAGCAACACGUGACAAAGAAGUUGGGAAAGGUGGCAAUAAAUACUGAUAACGUUGAGGAAUGCUCAUCAAACACUUAUUUGGAACAUCCCACAGGUGUGCAGGCUAAUUGGGAACAGGUGGGUGCCAUGAUUGGUUAUAAAAACAGCUUCCCAAAAAAUACUCGGUCUUUCACAAGAAAGGAUGGGGCGAGGUACACCCCUUUGUCCACAACUGUGUGAGCAAAUAGUUUAAGAACAACCUUUCUCAAAGUGCAAUUGCAAGAAAUUUAGGGAUUUCAACAUCUACGCUCCAUAAUAUCAUCAAAAGGUUCAGAGAAUCUGGAGAAAUCACUCCAUGUAAGCAACAUGGCCGGAAACCAACAUUGAAUGACCGUGACCUUCCAUCCCUCAGACGGCACUGUAUCAAAAACCGACAUCAAUCUCUAAAGGAUAUCACCACAUGGGCUCAGGAACACUUCAGAAAACCACUGUCACUAAAUACAGUUGGUCGCUACAUCUGGAAGUGCAAGUUGAAGCUCUACUAUGCAAAGCGAAAGCCAUUUAUCAACAACAUCCAGAAACGCCUCCGGCUUCUCUGGGCCCGAGAUCAUCUAAGAUGGACUGAUGCAAAGUGGAAAAGUGUUCUGUGGUCUGACGAGCCCACAUUUCAAAUUGUUUUUGGAAAUAUUCGACAUCGUGUCAUCCAUCCGGACCAAAGGUGAAGCGAACCAUCCAGAUUGUUAUCGACGCAAAGUGUAAAAGCCAGCAUGUGUGAUGGUAUGGGGGUGCAUUAGUGCCCAAGGCAUGGGUAACUUACACAUCUGUGAAGGCACCAUUAAUGCUGAAAAGGUACAUACAGGUUUUGGAACAACAUAUGCUGCCAUCUAAGCAAUGUUUUAAUGGACGCCCCUGCUUAUUUCAGCAAGACAAUGCCAAGCCACGUGUUACAACAGCGUGGCUUCGUAAAAAAAGAGUGCGGGUACUUUCCUGGCCCGCCUGCAGUCCAGACCUGUCUGUCAUGGAAAAUGUGUGGUGCAUUAUGAAGCGUAAAAUACGACAGCGGAGACCCCGGACUGUUGAAGGACUGAAGCUCUACAUAAAACAAGAAUGGGAAAGAAUUCCACUUUCAAAGCUUCAACAAUUAGUUUCCUCAGUUCCCAAAUGUUUAUUGAGUGUUGUUAAAAGAAAAGGUGAGGUAACAGAGUGGUGAACAUGCCCUUUCCCAACUACUUUGGCACAUGUUGCAGCCAUGAAAUUCUAAGUUAAUUAUUAUUUGCAAAAAAAAAAAAUGAAGUUUAUGAGUUUGAACAUCAAAUAUGUUGUCUUUGUAAUGCCUUCAACUGAAUAUGGGUUGAAAAUGAUUAGCAAAUCAUUGUAUUCCGUUUAUAUUUCAAUCAAUCAAUCAAUCAAUGUUUACUUAUAUAGCCCUAAAUCACUAGUGUCUCAAAGGGCUACAUCUAACAUAAUUUCCCAACUCAUAUGGAAACAGGGUUUGUACAAAAACAACCAGCGGUAGGAACUGCUAAAUGUUAAAAGUCCGUAUUCACAUUAAUACGCCAUGAAAAAAACACAUUUAUUUUUAUUCCGAAUAUUCAUUAUUUUGCUAUCCCAAAUUACUCGUGUUCUUACGCACAGAAAAGUGGAUUGGAGAAUUUGACGCAAAAGUUAGCAUCAUGCUAACAUAGCUACAGUAGGGAAGGGAGGCUCCAUUACUGGGUGGAUCUCGCGUAAGAGGAAGAGGGGUUUAAUCAUUUUGCUGAAAUUUGACGGGGAGCGCCAUUCUGUGGUCAAUGUUGGGAUUGCCACAAAACACAUUUGAAAAUAUUCAAACACUCCACUUUAGCUGCCAAAUGGCAGUAGAUAGUACACCCUUAAUUUGUCACGUUUCAUCUGUCAGGUAAACCACGACGAAUGGGGCAAUGUGAAUGGCCUUCCUACUGUAACACCUGGACAGCUUGGUUGAAAUGUUCAAAAGUAUGUAAUAAGGGUUGUGAAUGUUUGGGUACAACACGAUUCAAUUCGAUUGUUGGGGGCAACGUUUCAACUCAGAAUCGAUUCGAAACUAUUCUAAAUCAAAUGUUUUUUGUUUUUUUUUUUAAUAACAUUGGGUGCCGGCUUUAUGAUUAUCUACAUCAGCUUUGAUGAAUUGUAUAUGACUUAAAAGACAACGGUUUUAAAAAUAAAUAAAUAAAUAAAUGGUA